AUGAUUGCUUCCAGAUUUUCCCAGUAUAAAAACAAUUUGGGCCCCACUCAUUAAUAAAUUGUAUUUGCAUGAAAUCUGGAUGAAGGAAUUUUCAUGUUUACUUUCUCUGGUAUAUUUUAUAUUUUAUACUUUAGCAAUUUUGGUGGUUCAGUAAAAGCAGUCCUAAAGAUGGAAAACUUCAACUUCAUGGAGAUUGAGAAACCAAACUAUAGUCCUUUUUUGUUUUUCUUUUCGUCAUUGAUAAAAAUACAGUAAAAAUUAUAAUAAUGAACUUAUUAGUCAAAUAAGGGUAAUAGAGCAGCUGUACAACAUUGGAGAGUCAGUUUUGAAAGAAGCUUGUAAGGCUAGUGCACGAGGCACUGGAGCGUGGGCUUGGACCAGCCGAGGCAGUCGUAGAGCACAGGUGUGCACGUGCGUGUACUUGGGGCAAAAAUGAGAAGUCGCUCUGCUUCUUUCUUUUUGAUCUUUGCCUUCCAUAACUGGGUUCAUGAGACACGGAUCAGAAGAGCAGAAUGAGACAUGGAACUACCCACGAGUCUGUGCUAAAGAGAAGAAAUGAAAACUAAAAAUAAGUAUAUAGACACAGAAAGAUAGGCUUGAUUUGAAAUAUACUGCAAUGUGUAUUCUGGACAAGGCCUGGGUUUGAAACUUGAGGUCUUGGUCAAGUACUUAACUCUACUGUGCUUUAGUUUUCUCAUUGGUAAGAUGAGCAUAUUAAUGUAUCUUCAUUAUUAAGCCAUUUUCAGAAAUAAAACAGCUAACAUAUGUCAAGUGCUUUGAACUGCAUUGGCACAAGGUAAAUAACAAAUAUUUUUCAUUAUUAAAAGAGGACAAUUCUAUGUGGAAUUUUAUUGCACUAAGUAAAUUUACCUUUGGUUUACCCAUAUUUUCCCCUAUUCUCUAAAUAAUUUUUAAGGUGACUUUGAUAUUCAAACAUUCAAAAAAAAAAAACAACCUCCUUCUCACCUUCUUUUGUGACAAAGUGUUCACAUUACACAAAAAGAGUACGAAUUUCCUGUGUUGUGGUUCCGGAACAUUUUAGAAGCUAGUGAUUUUACUUUGUCUUGUUCAUUGUGCACAUCCAUGUCUCACCAUAGAAGACUCAAGAGCAUUGUUUAAAUGCACAAUUUUUGUUUCUCUUUCUUUUUAUAACAAAUUUCUCCAUACACAACUUUUGGAUUCUUUAGCCUCGAGGUCAGCUCUGUGACCCACCAUUCUUGAACAAGACACAGAGUGCCUUACCUGCAUCAGCACUGGACCAAGACUUCCCAUGGCAGCUUCUCAGAGCACUCCUUGGAAAUUGAUCAGUGGCAUCUUAGGAGUAAUGUGCCUUUUGUUGAUGUCUACUUUGGCAAUUUUGUUGAGAAAUUCAUUCACUAAAAAAAGUAUUCAGCCAACAUUGUCUCCAGGAUCCACCAUAGGUCUCCAGGGAGGCUCUGGCUGCUGUUCUUGCCAUGAAAAGUGGAUUGGGUACCAGUGCAACUGUUACUUCAUUUCUAAUGAAUUAAAAAGUUGGGCAGAAAGUAGGAAUUUCUGUUCUUCUCAGAAUUCCAGUUUACUUCAGAUGCAAAAUGAAGAUGAAUUGCAUUUUAUGAACUCCAGUAAAUAUUUUUACUGGAUUGGACUCCAUUACAGUGAAGAACAUAGCGUCUGGGUGUGGGAGAACGGCUCUGCUCUGUCCCGAGAUCUGUAAGUUUCCAGCAGUCAAGGUCUUCUCUGUUCUUUAUAAGAUUUUUUGUGGCUCUCGCCAGAGAUGUACCAUCAAGAAGCACUAGAUAAGAACCUGCCCUAGAGCAUGAGAACAGAGUAAAGAGAAUAGAUACAACAGAGUAAUGAUUUUAGUCCCAUCUAGAACAUCAAAGUUUAUGCUCAAGUGACAUGACGUUAGUGUACUUCUGACCAUAAAGGUGCCAAAGACAUAUGAUUUUCUCUGCAUUAGUGUAAACACUUGGGCAUGUCUGUGCAGACACUCACAUUCCUGGAAGUGGUCCAGGGAAAACUGUAAAGAAAUCCAUUAUUUUCUCAGUAUCCUCCCAUAUUUCAAAUAUGCUGGAGUUACUCCUGUAUGUUUAUUUAUAAUCUUUGAAUCUCAUUUUCCUUCAUAAACAUGGGUUAGAAUCAUCAUAUAAUGACAAAUUUUAUGCUCUGAUUUGUAUUCCUAGCCUAAAUUAGUCCAUCUUUAAACCAAAUAGAAGCAAAGUAUAUCAUAUUGCAAAACCAUUAAUAUUGAUAGCAAAAUUUUAAAAAUCCCUGGCUUCAAUGCUCUUGACUAUUGAGGUAAUAACUUGAGUUAUGAAGUAUUGUGCUCUGAAAUUGUGAAAGCUUGGCUAUUUAAUGAAAGCACUACAACUCAGUAAGUUAAAUUCUCAUUCAAAUGCUUUUAAAGGUCCUAUUGCUUA